CUUAACUUCCGGCAUUUCGAUAACUCACACCCCAGACAGUUUCCUCAUCAAUAAUUCUUCUUUAUUUACACAAUUAAAGAUGAUUUUAUUAGAAAUUCACAACAGGAUUGUAGAGGAGACAUUAACAAACAAAAUCAAGAGCAUUCAAGAUGGAAAUAAACCAGAUACUAUAGAUAUUACAAUUGCUGACUUUGAUGGUGUACUUUUUCACCUUACCAACCCAAAUGGAGACAAAAGCAAAAUCACAGUCAGUAUAUCGCUGCAUUUUUACAAAGACUUAGAGGGGCAUGGAGCAGAAGAGCUCAUCAAGCGGGAAUAUUCUGAUAUUCUUAUUGCCCCCGAAGAUGGUUACAAUGUCACAGUACAGUUUGACCUUGAAAACAUUCCACCAAACUGGGAAGAGCUCGUGAAAAAGACGUCCCUACUGAAGAGGAACUGUUUUGCGUCAGUGUUCGAAAAGUACUUCAAGAUUCAGGAAGACAUUCAAAAGGCUAAGAAGAAUAACACACCUCCGCCUGCCGCAGAGAGGGCUGUGGUGCAGUAUCGGCCUGACGAGACUAUGUAUGUUGAAGCGAUGGGAGACAGAGUGACAGUGAUAUUCAGCACCAUAUUUAAGGACGAUGACGACAUCAUCAUAGGGAAGGUCUUCAUGCAGGAGUUUAAGGAAGGUCGUCGUAACAACCAGCAAGCACCCCAGGUUCUCUUCAGCCACAAGGAACCACCAAUGGAGCUGAAGGAUACAGACGCUCGGACAGGGGAAAACAUUGGAUACAUCACAUUUGUGCUAUAUCCCCGUCACACGUCCCCAGCGGCCCGAGACAACACCAUCAACCUGAUACACACUCUGAGGGAUUACCUACACUACCAUAUUAAGUGCUCAAAGGCCUACAUUCACACACGUAUGCGAGCCAAGACGUCAGAUUUCCUACGAGUUCUCAACAGAGCUCGCCCAGAGAAGGAAAAGGAAAAGAAAACGAUCACUGGAAAGACAUUCCGACAAAGCUAGACAUCAAGAUGAUUAGGCGACCUUAUAUUUCAUCUUUGUGAUUUCUGAUUGUGUAAAACAACAGUUAAGAUAUAUAUCAGUUUGUCAAAGAACAAGCAUAAAAAAUUGAUAGUAUAUUUGUAGUUUUGGAAAUUUGCCAAAGUUGUUAUCUAAUAUUGUGGUUAUGGGGAAGAUGUGUAAUUGAUGGGGAUUUUGCUGGUACAAAAAAUCUUGAAAACGAGCAGAUUAGAUUGUUGACAAUAUUUUUAAGAGCUGUUGUUUAUACUUACUGUUUAAAAUCAUGAACAAUUUAUAGCCAUGUUAAUUUGGUGCAGUAUUUCUCCCUAAUUGACUUAUGUAAUAUCUUCAUUUCUGAAUGUUUGCUACCUAAAUUGAGUGAUAUGUAAAUACAUGUAUAAAACAAUGCUAAAUACAUUGAAGGAAACUUGAGUGGCAUUUCAAAUUCAUCUGCUUGUUCUGUUGUAUGUUUAGGAAUCAGGCCCAAAAAUAAGUGAAAGGGACAAGACACCAUUCACACAAAAAAUUGUCAAAAACUUGCAUAAAAUUGAUAUUUUUGAGUACUGCACAUUAAAUCUUACCAACUUUGCAUAUCACAUUGCUCAUUACACAAGUAUCUUUCACAGUUUUGCAUAUUUUUCCAAUGUGGAAAUUACUAUGUGAAUCCCAGUAAUAUAAAAAUAGUGUUUGUGUAUCUAUCUACUAAUCACAGAUUUUCCACAUACUGAAUAUACAUACUAUAAACUGGGAAACCAGUAUGCGCUAAUUUUAAACAGGUAAACUCAGCUGAGACAGCAAUAAAAUAUUAUUUUAAUGAUGUAAAACGAUGUAUUAUUGGCCUCAUACUAGCUCAUAGUAAUAAUUCUAGACGAGUUUUGAGGAAGUACUGUUUUUUGCGGACGUUGAGACCAUCUGGUGUCCAGUCCCUUUGAUUCUCCUACCAUCAUGUUAAAUUUUGACUCUGGUGACCCAAAGUAAUUUUGGUAGGAUUUGAACUGAUAAUGCACAAAAUUCACAUAUUUUUGAGUCGCUUUCCUUGAAGUGCUACUUUAUUAUGUUUCUGAAUAAUCUGCUGGAAACUAAAUAUACCUUGUUAAUUAAACUAUGAUUAUUUUUUUUAAUCAAAUUCAAACGCCUUAUUAAUGUCAUUGUUGCUUUUGAUUAUUUAUUUCACUUUAUACCAGUUUUAAUAUAACUCUUAUGGUAUCUUUGGGAAUAAUGUUCCGUUGUUAAUUAGUAGUAACUUGAACAGGGAAUUUAUUAUUCAUGACUUAUUUUUUGUAUACCCUACAUGUCAUGUGUAUACCUCUUAUACUGCAUGCAUACUGUAUAUGUUGCAAUAAUAUGAAACAAAAAAUAAAAGUUUAUAUGGA